AUGCCGCCUCCACCACUCAAUCUGAACCUCAACCGCGACCCUCCUCCUCCCUCCGACUCUAUUACCAGUAACCUCAACUUCAACACUAAUAUCGACACCGACACCGACACCGACACCAUCAUCCCCCCUCAAAUCAAACCCCGCGCCGACAACACCGAAACAGCCACCCACAUCACCCACAACUCCAUCUCCAUCCCCUCCACCUACGGCCGCACCUCCAACCCGCCCAACCCAGGCGUAAUCGUCGGCGCAACCCUCGGCGCCGUCGCCGGCUUCCUCCUCAUCCUAUACCUGCUCUAUCUCGGGCUCACAUCGGGACGACGCUUCAGCGCCUCCACAAUCGGCGGUACAUCGACGACGGCGUCUGAGAUCGUGGACGUGGGGAUCCGCAACCGCAACCGCGGGCCGCGCUAUGGAUACGGCGGCGGUCGUCGGCACAGGGGUGACGAGGUUAUUGUUGAGGAGAGUUUGACGAGUCGGUCGCGGACGGAUGGGGGUGGGGUUGUCGAGGUUGUGGAGGAGGAGAGCGUGAUUGAUCCGCCGCCGAGUUCGAGGUAUCGGUCUAGGAGUCGGAGUAGUAGGAGUUCGUCGAGGACAAGGAGUGAUCGGUAUCGAAGGCAUAGAGGGGGAGGGGUGAGGGAGAUAGAUCCGAUGGCUUAUGGUGGGGGGAGCGAGUUCAGUGAACGGUCUUGA